GAAGCGAGCAGGAGAAGUUUGGGAUAGUUUUUGCAGUAUUUUUAUCCUUUUUUUCCCCACCCCGUGAAUUUGUUUUAUAAGGGAAUUUGGGAAGGGGGAUAAAAAUAAGACUAGCUGCUAAUACUACCGUACCCAUCAUCCCCAGCCAGGGGUCAGCCUGUCCUUUGCUUAGUGAUAAGAAAAGAAAUGUAAUAUAUUACAAUAAUGUAACAUAUUACAAUAAUAUAUUACAAAUAAUAUAAUAUAUAAACACCCCUGAGGUGUGGUUUGAAAGAAAGCAGUGGAAUGAAAUCGUAGGCUGAUAGGGCUUCAAAGGGACCUUGGGGGUCAUCUAGUCCAGCCCCCCUCUGCCCAAUUAUUAUCCUGGAUAAAUAAUUGUCCAGUUUUUUUUUUCUCCCUUGAAAACCUCCAGCGAUGGAGCAACCAUAAUUCUGGGAAGCAAGCUGUUCCCUUGAUUAAUUGUUCUCGCUCUUCAGGAAAUUCCUCCUUAGUUCCAGGCUGGAUUUCCUUUUGAUCAAAUUUUCCACCUAUUGCUUCUUUGUGCAAAAGCAACCCGAACUGUGACAUUUUACCUCCUUGGUUUCACUCCUGCAGCAUCCUUGGAGGUAGAUUUGCCAGAGGACCAAGAUCUUUCUCUAAUCCAGCAGGAGCCCUGCAAGAUUUGGGGCACAGCCUCCCCAUUUGCAAGCUAUUUGUCUACCCUGGCUGGCGCUGAGCGAUGCUUGGUUGCUUCUCUGCUAUAGAACCAAGGAUUCUGGUGAAUUCGGCAACUUGCAUCUCCUCAUUUCCUAUUCCAAAAAUGAUUCGGCCGAUUGCCUCAGAAGCACCAGACUAAAGGAGCAGAAUCCCCUGAAGUCUUCUGCAGUCCGGACUCUGGCUUUUGACGGUGAAUGUUUUCCUCCAUGCAGCAUCAACAAGCACGUUUCCUCCUGGUUGGGGAAGGAAACUUUUCCUUCUCGGUCCAUCUGUACAAAGAGAGAGGCGUUGACACUCAUAUUAUUGCAACCUGCUAUGGUAGUGAAGAGUCUAUAUUGGAGCAAGCUUUCACCAAAUCCAACAUACAGUUUCUGAGAGACAAAGGUGCUGAAGUCUACUUUUCUGUCAACUGCACAAAACUGAAGGAAUACUUCUUGCCGGCUAUGAGGAAUUUUGACCGUAUUUAUUUCAAUUUCCCCCAUUGUGGAAAAAAGGCUGGAAUAAAAAAGAACAGGGAGCUUCUUGCCAGGUUUUUCUGCAGCUGUGCAGAUGUUCUGGCAGAGAAAGGAGACGUCCAUGUGGCACUUUGCAAAGGACAAGGGGGUACCCCUGCAGACCAGCCGGUGCGUGAGUGGCACAACAGCUGGCAAGUUGUGGAGAUGGCAGCAGAAGCAGGAUUCAUCUUGAGCGGCAUCGAGCCAUUUAAUAUCAGAGACGUCAGUGGAUAUAAAUGUACAGGCUACAGGAAUCAGGAUAAAUCUUUCUUCAUAGAAGGCGCCCUGAAUCACAUAUUCACCCGGAGUGUGCCAUUUCUGCAUUCUCAACCUUCAAUUUGCAAAGUGGAGCUGGAAGGCGAAUCAGUGUCCUGCCAAAUUCCACAGAUGUUCCUAGAUAAGAUAAACAGGAACUACUUAGGUAUUAAUUCGAAUCAUCCUGUGAGAACCAUAAAUGAAAAACUAAUUGAUGGCCUCGGCAGAUCGUUCACGAUUCAGAAGGCGAAUUCUUCAUUUCCCUUAGUAUUCAAAGAUGGUUCUGCUUCUCCUUCAUUGGACGCCAUUUGGAUGGUUCCUGUUGCCAAAACUCGCCCUGAAAUUAAGUCUGUGGCUUCUAAAAGCGACACGGGAACUGAUGAGGAUCAGGAUUUGAGUUGGACCUUAGGACAAUAUUACCUUCGGCCUUCCCUGUUGGUUUUUCUUCAUUCUAUUGUAAAGCAGAGGGAUUUUUCCCCUCAGAGUUUGUUGGCCCUGAGUGGACUGGCUUUUAAAAAAUGUAAAAUUUCUGUUCACGUGCCUCCCAUUUUUCAUGAGGCCCUCUUUAUCUGCGCAGUUAAGGAAGACGUAGAAGACUCACAGCUCCUGAUGGAAAGCCUCAUAGGCACAUUGAAUUCUUUACUGCGAUCAUCCAAUGUUAAGUUGGACUCUCUGAACCAGGAGACAGAAAGCCGUCAGCAGAAUCCCUUCCUACCUUCUUCCGAACCGUUUCUGCUCAACCCAAAAUACGCUGUGACUCUGAGCUGCCAGGGCUUGGAUUCCGGCCCCAAAGAAUUUCGCGUCGGGACAAUAAGCACCGUUCGGUGGCAACCUUCAAGCGUUAAUCAAAACAUGGUUUGCGUUUCUUUGAACCUCGAUCUUCUGGCGAUGUGCGCGUGUGGCAUUUCUGACUGGCGGAUGCUUUGGACUUCGGAUGAGCGUUUUGCGAGCCAGUUUUUUGGGGGCCGUUUAGGCGUUUUCCAGAGCUUUUCCCUCCACCCGCCGACGUACGUGCACGACAUCAGCUUCUGGCUUCCAGAGGCAGAAACAUUCCAUGAAAUCCAGCUUCACGCCAUUGCCAGGCGUGCGUCUUUGGACACGGUUGCGUCUGUCCAGCUGCUUGACCGUUUUCGGCACCCGGGCGCAGCACACGCCAUCAGCCUGUGCUACAGGCUCACAUACCAGUCUUGCGACAAAGCGCUCGCUCGCCCCCAGGCGGCGGCCAUGCAGAUGGCGCUGAGGGAAGAACUGCAGCGUUGUCUCCGGGUGGUUGUUAGGUAGGAGGACCAGGAGGAGAACUUGGCAGGGCGGGUGAAAAAGGAGGACGAGGGAGGUGUGUUGGAUGUCUUGGCCGCCUCGAGUUGUUUAUAAAAAUAAGAAAGCUGGAAUUUAAAUAAAAUAAAACAUUAAAACAGUU